CCUCCGUUCAUUCUAGCCUCGACCACACCAAAAAAACUCAAAAACUACACCAUACUCCACCUCCCAAAAUCCAAUCACACACGCAAAACCACUACCACCACCUUCACCUUCACCUUCGCUCUCUCUCUCUCUCUCUAAAUAAUAACAGUCUCUCUCUCUACAAAUCUCCGAAACCCUAGGGUUUGUAAGGUUUCAGUCACAGUCUCUUUGUCUCUCCGGAUCCAGAAUCAAUGGCGGAGGAACCAGGAUCGCAGUCGGUACCUUCACAAUCGCAACCGCCGCAGUCAUCAUCUGCGGCGCCGCUAGGAUCUUCGGUGAUACCGAUUGUGAACAAGUUACAGGAUAUAUUUGCUCAGUUAGGUAGUCAAUCGACGAUUGAGCUGCCGCAGGUGGCAGUUGUAGGGAGUCAAAGUAGUGGAAAAUCGAGUGUUUUGGAAGCACUUGUUGGGAGAGAUUUCUUGCCACGCGGAAACGAAAUCUGUACGCGGCGGCCGCUGGUUUUGCAGUUAUUGCAGACUAAAAGGAAAGGUGAUUGCAGUGGUGAAGAGGAGUGGGGAGAGUUCUUGCAUUUGCCUGGGAAACGGUUUUAUGAUUUUUCCGAGAUCCGGAGUGAAAUUCAGGCCGAGACUGCUAAGGAAGCAGGAGGCAACAAAGGUGUCUCUGACAAGCAAAUUCGUUUGAAGAUUUUUUCACCUAAUGUUCUUGAUAUCACACUUGUAGAUCUACCUGGUAUAACAAAGGUUCCUGUGGGUGAUCAACCCUCUGAUAUCGAAGCAAGAAUUAGAACUAUGAUCAUGUCAUACAUUAAAAAACCAAGCUGUCUGAUUCUAGCUGUUACAGCAGCAAAUUCAGAUUUAGCGAACUCAGAUGCUCUUCAGAUUGCAGGAAAUGCAGAUCCUGAUGGUUAUAGAACCAUUGGAGUAAUUACAAAGUUGGAUAUUAUGGACAGAGGUACUGAUGCUCGUAAUCUGUUGCUUGGAAAAGUGAUUCCCCUUCGGCUUGGUUAUGUUGGUGUUGUGAAUCGUAGUCAAGAGGAUAUCAUGCUUAAUCGUAGUAUCAAGGAUGCACUUGCUGCAGAGGAGAAGUUCUUCCGUAGUCGCCCGGUAUAUAAUGGUCUAGCUGAUCGUUGUGGUGUUCCUCAACUGGCAAAGAAGCUGAACCAGAUUCUAGUGCAACAUAUAAAAGCAAUACUUCCAGGGCUGAAAUCACGAAUAAGCUCUGCAUUGGUUUCUGUUGCAAAAGAACAUGCAAGCUAUGGAGAAAUCACAGAAUCGAAGGCUGGUCAAGGAACUCUUAUUCUGAACAUUCUUUCAAAAUAUUCUGAAGCAUUUUCUUCUAUGGUUGAGGGAAGAAAUGAAGAAAUGUCAAGAUCCGAGCUCUCUGGAGGAGCACGAAUUCAUUAUAUUUUUCAAUCAAUAUUUGUGAAGAGUUUGGAGGAGGUUGAUCCCUGUGAGGACUUGACUGAUGCUGACAUUCAAACUAUCAUUCAGAAUGCCACUGGGCCUAGAACUCCACUGUUUGUACCAGAGGUGCCAUUUGAAGUUCUUGUCAGGAAGCAAAUAGCUCGUUUGUUAGAUCCAAGCCUUCAGUGUGCCAGGUUUAUAUAUGAUGAGUUAAUAAAGAUUAGUCAUCGCUGUCUAGUGAAUGAACUCCAGCGGUUUCCUGUUCUAAGAAAGCGCAUGGACGAAGUUAUUGGAAACUUUUUACGAGAUGGUCUUGAACCAUCAGAGACAAUGAUUGGACACAUUAUUGAAAUGGAGAUGGACUACAUAAAUACCUCCCACCCAAGUUUUAUUGGUGGGAGUAAGGCUGUGGAGAUCGCACAGCAGCAGAUCAAGUCUUCCAAGGUUUCUCUAGCUAUGCCCAGGCAAAAAGAUGCCCUAGAGCCUGAUAAGGCACCAGCUUCUGAAAGGAGUAUGAAGACUCGGGCCAUUUUGGCCAGACAAGUAAAUGGGAUCAUGCCAGAUCAGGCAUUGCGUCCUGUUUCAGAGGUCCCACCUGCUGGGAGUACAAAUGUUUCAAGUUGGGGUAUCUCAUCAAUUUUUGGUGGAGGUGACCAUUCUCGAGUUUCUGCUAAAGAAAAUUCAACAAGCAAGUCAUACAAUGAACCUGCUCAGAGCAUGGAAUCCUUUGAUCAAAGUAUGAUUCAUUUAAGAGAGCCCCCAACUGUCUUGAGGCCUUCAGAAAGCCAUUCAGAGAAUGAGUCUAUUGAAAUUGCAGUCACAAAAUUGCUGUUGAAAUCAUACUAUGACAUUGUUCGGAAAAAUAUCGAGGACUCUGUACCAAAAGCAAUUAUGCACUUUCUGGUAAACCAUACAAAGCGUGAACUUCACAAUGUCUUCAUUAGAAAACUAUACAGGGAGAAUCUGUUUGAGGAGAUGUUGCAGGAACAUGAUGAGAUAGCGAUGAAGAGAAAGCAGACACGAGAAUCACUCCGAGUUCUCCAACAAGCAUUUAGGACAUUAGAUGAAUUGCCAUUGGAAGCUGAAACUGUUGAAAGAGGAUAUAGUUUGGGAUCUGAUUCCACAGGAUUGCCAAAGAUCCAUGGACUUCCAACAUCAACAAUGCAUGGCGUUGGUUCCAGUGAUUCCUACUCAGCUUCUCCUAAGAACCCGAAGUCCCGGAGAUCAUCCCACUCAGGGGAGCUACAGCCACAUUUAUAUUCUGAUUCUAAUGGAAGUGGACGUACUUACAUGCCAGAUUAUUGAGAUUCCAACUUUCAAAGGUGGCUCCGAAAGAUGCAAGCAAUCCUGAAAGUUGCGCCUUCUCCCCUUCAUUCCUUUUGAUUCUCUGAUAUAGGAUUAUAAUUGCAAUUUUUACAAGGCUCCAGGAAGAAUAACAGGGGGCAAAUGAUCUACUUUCCCUUUCCCUUUUCCUGUCAGAAGCAGUAGCCGCAACCCUUAAUAUAUGUGUAUAUAUAUUUAUAUAUUUUUUGACCAAGUGCUAUUUUGAUUGAUUUGCCUCACUGAAAAAUGUCAAGAUAGUUUCAUUUUGAUCAAAUAAAACUUUGAAGGGGCUCUGAUAGUGCCUUGUGGUGCUUGUUAGCUUUUAGCCCUGUUGAGCUUGCAAAA